UGUGUCCUACAUUACAAAUAUUCCGUUCUAGUAUUUUAUACUGCGUGAGUACUUUUUGAUAAUUCGGAGUUAACGUCGAAUGUUGACAUAUUUAUUUGGGUUAUGGUGUGUUUUGACGUUUUAUUUGUUUAUGUAUACCCGAAAUCGUAUACACUGAUAUUUUAAAAACUUUCUUAUAUCCAUAAGUACGAAAGUAUUCGUAAAAGUAAAAAGUUAACCAUGAUGAGCCUUCGUGACAGGCAAAUAAGUGCCUUAAAACAGAUGUUAAAUUUGAAUCAACCCGAGCAAAAAUUGGAGGAAGCAAUACCGACAUGGAAGGUUUUAAUUUACGAUCGACUUGGUCAAGACAUCAUCUCACCACUGAUUUCUGUAAAGGAACUUAGGGAGCUUGGUAUCACACUCCAUAUGCAAUUGCAUUCCGACAGGGAUUCCAUUCCUGAAGUACCAGCUAUUUACUUUUGUGCUCCCACUGAUGAAAAUCUUGGUAGGAUUGGUCAAGAUUUACAGAAUGGUUUGUAUGAUAUAUAUCAUUUGAACUUUAUAUCACCGAUAUCUAGACAAAAAAUGGAAGACCUAGCAGCUGCUGCAUUACUCGGAGGAGUUGUAUCAAAUAUCCAUAAGGUAUUUGAUCAAUAUUUAAAUUUUAUAUCAUUAGAGGAUGAUCUUUUCAUUCUAAGACAUCAAAAUAGUGAUGUCAUAUCGUAUCAUGCGAUUAAUCGUGGAGAAGUGAAAGACACUGAAAUGGAGUCAGUAAUGGAAAUUAUAGUUGAUUGUCUCUUCUCUGUGUUUGUCACAUUGGGAACUGUUCCAAUUAUAAGGUGUUCACGAGGAAAUGCUGCAGAAAUGGUUGCUAAAAUGAUAGAUAAAAAAUUAAGAGAAAACGUUUGGGAUACUAGAAAUAAUCUAUUCGAAAGUGAAACAACUGGUCAUUACAGUUUCCAAAGACCUCUUCUUAUAAUAUUAGAUCGUAAUGUAGAUAUGACUACUCCGUUACAUCAUACAUGGACAUAUCAAGCGCUGGCACACGAUGUAUUGGAAAUGGCAUUAAACAGGCUUGUUGUCGAGGAAAAUGUAGGAAGAUCCCCAGCGGGUGGAACACGUUCAAAAACCAGAGCCUAUGAAUUAGAUAAUAAAGACCGUUUUUGGUGUCAACAUAAAGGUAGCCCAUUCCCUAGAGUAGCUGAAGCUAUACAGGAAGAAUUGGAGCAAUACCGCACGUUCGAGGAAGAUGUUAAGAAACUUAAAUCUUCUAUGGGGAUCGACAACGAGAGCGACGUAGCGCUAUCGAUGGUCUCUAAUAAUACAGCACGUUUAACAAACGCUGUAAACUCUCUACCACAGCUCCUCGAAAUGAAACGAUUAAUAGACAUGCAUACAUCAAUUGCAACUGGUAUUUUAAAUUUUAUAAAAUCUCGAAGACUCGAUACAUUUUUCGAGCUAGAACAAAAAAUCAUGAGCAAACAAACAUUGGAUAGAAGCGUAUUCGAAACGAUCAGUGAUCCCGAUUGCGGUACUCCCGAGGAUAAAUUACGUCUUGCUAUUAUAUAUUAUAUUUGUACAAAUAUGUCGGACGCGGACUAUAACAAGCUCGAAGCAGCAUUGUCUGCCGCUGGAUGCGACUUAAAUCCUUUGAUUUACAUAAAAAGGUUGAGGAGCUAUACUAGAAUAGCCGAAAUUCAAAAUAGUUACGAAGGUGGUGGAACUAAAACAGUUAGUAUGUUUUCGAAGCUUAUGAAUCAGGGAUCAUCUUUCGUGAUGGAGGGAGUCAAGAAUUUAGUCGUUAAAAAACAUAAUUUACUCGUUACGAAAAUAGUGGACGAAUUAAUGGAAUCCAGGCAAUCAUCCCAGACCGAUGAUUAUUGUUACCUGGAUCCGAAACAACUGAAACAUACCGAUCAAAUGCCAAAGAAUCGACCGACAUUCCAAGAUGUAAUUGUUUUUAUCGUUGGUGGCGGAAAUUACAUAGAAUAUCAAAAUCUGGUAGAUUACGUGAAGCAGAAAAGUGGGACGGGGGUUAAUAAACGAAUCACGUAUGGUUCAACAACAUUUAUUAAUGCGAAACAAUUGCUUAAGCAGCUUUCACUAUUGGGACAGGAGGUUCAUUCGUAAUUUUUGCGGAUUAUGCCACUAACGUUCGAAAAAAUGUAUAUUUAUUGUCUCCUUUCUUAUGACCUACGCUGAUAUUUCCUAUUUGUUGUUAAUGCCUUCUUGUAAAAAUGUAAAAUAAAUAAAAUGCGAUUAAUUAUUUUAGAUACAA